UUUGCGCGUUAGCUCGUGCUGUGUCUCAAAUUAUAUUAAGUCGCCUAUCUAGACAUCAUGUUUAAAGAUUAGCAACAUGUCAUACAUCAACAUGUCAUAUGCGCGCAGCUUUUUCGAAUACCAUAGUAUACCAUAGUACCUGCUCAAAAAUCAUGCACGUGUCUGUAACUAAGACAAGGGCUAAGUAAUGAUGACUAUGUAGGAAGCUCAGUAGAUUUUAAAACAGCCACCGACAGGCAGAGUAUACUUUGAGAAUGACGCCUCCAGCGAUGCUUUGAAUUUUACACACUCACACGACAACUGGCGUAAAGAAAAGGUUUGGGACCACUUGAGGGCGAGUAAAUGAUGAAGGCUGUGCUGAUAGCUUUGAUGGUUCUCUUACACUGUUUGGGACAGAAGUAUACACUAGGGGAAGAACCCGUUUGCCAAAAUCAGCCUUCAUGUUCUGAAUGUAUCAGGAGUCCUGGAUGUGCUUGGUGCACACAAAUGAACUUCUUGAAAUCGGGUGAAUCUAAUGAACGACGCUGUGAUUCUCCGAAGUCUCUGAAGGAUAGGGGUUGUGAAGAUGUUCGUGUAAUCAAUCCUGGAAAACAUCCAUUGGACUAUGUGAAGAACAAUGACCUCAGCAAUGAUUCUUAUAAUGUGGUUCAACUCAAACCUCAGAAUGUCAACAUUAAACUACGAGUUGGAGUUCCAUAUGAGUUCACAGUUGAGUUUAAGAGGGCUCAGGGUUACCCUAUAGAUCUGUACUACCUGAUGGAUCUCAGUUACUCCAUGCAAGAUGAUCUGGAGCAAAUCAAAACCCUAGGGCAGAAAAUCCUCAAGAAGCUGAAGGACAUCACAGAGACCGUCCGGAUUGGUUUCGGGUCUUUUGUUGAUAAGGAGAUGUUGCCGUAUGUCAGUCAGCUGCCACCGAGACGUAAGAACCCCUGUCCCAAUCGCAUAAACACUUGCCAGAAAGCGUUCAUGUUCCAGAAUGUCCUGCCACUGACGAGUGAUGGCAGAGAGUUUGAACGGGAGGUGAGUAAACAGAACAUCUCUGGCAACCUGGACUCUCCUGAGGCUGGUCUGGAUGCUAUAAUGCAGGCUGCCGUCUGUAAGGAUAAGAUCAAAUGGGGUAAUGUGACACGGAUUUUGGUGUACACAUCUGAUGACACCUUUCACAUGGCAGGAGACGGACGACUAGGUGGCGCUUUUCUGCCACAUAAUGGACAGUGUCAUUUUAAUGAUAUGGGUUCUUACAUUGGAAAAGCCUAUGAUUACCCAUCAGUGGGUCAUGUGUCUAGAGUUCUGCAGGAUAACAAUAUUCAGCUCAUAUUUGCUGUCACUGAGGAAAUCUAUCCUGCAUAUAAGGCGUUGAGUGCAUUGAUUCCUCAGUCAGUGGUUGGUGUAUUGAAGAAAGACUCCAGUAAUGUGGUUGAUCUCAUCUCUGAGGCCUACGGGAACUUGUCGUCUACACUGGUGUUGGAGCAGGAAGGAGCUCCAGCAGAACUGAUGGUGUCCUACAGGUCGAAAUGUAAAGACAAUCAGGCGGCCAAUGAAUGGAGGGAAAAAGGAGAAUGUCAAGGCAUCAAGCAUGAGAAGAUAACGUUCCAAGUACGUUUGAAUGCAACAGCAUGUCUGAAGGAGCCUCAGAUAUUCCGGAUCAAAAUGCAAGGCAUCAGUGAGGAGGUGAAGAUUACAGUGGAUACCGAGUGUCAGUGUGACUGUGGAGCUGCAGAAAAGUCUUCUGAACACUGCAACCAUAAAGGAGAUCUGUCAUGUGGCAUGUGCAGCUGUGACGAAGGGUACUUGGGUCAGAACUGCAGUUGCGUGCAACAGAACGAUACCAUCAAAAUGCUGGAUUCCUGCCGGCCCAACAACAGAUCACUUGUUUGCAGUGGCCAAGGAUCCUGUGAAUGUGGCAAUUGUGUGUGUAGAAACGAGUACAGCGGAAAAUACUGUGAGUGUGAUCCUGACAGCUGUGAAAAACGCAAUGGAGUGAGAUGCAAUGGUAAAGGCAAAUGCGAGUGUGGUAAAUGUGAAUGUAGAGACCGAUAUACGGGUUCCGCGUGCGAGUGCUCACCUAGCCAAGACAAGUGUAAGAAUGAUUGGGGCCUUUGCAGUGGUCAAGGGGAAUGUGUUUGCAACCGCUGUCAUUGUAAACCAGGCGUCAUUGGAGAUUACUGCUCUGCUUUCAUGGACGCUUGCGAGCUGUUCAAGGACUGUUUGGCAUGUCAUUUGGAAGGUAGCGGCUCCUGUCAUGAGAGAUGUUUCAAUGCUACAGUAAAACAUCUUGAAGGCACUCAUGAAUUGUCUUGCAUAUAUAAACACGUUUCAUACAGUGUGGAGCUUAAGGCCAGUGGCGAAGUUAAUGUUAAAUAUGCAGACCUGCCUCAUACUGUUGAUAAGACUGCAGUUAUCAUCGGCAGCUCUGUGUCUGGAAUCAUUAUAACUGGCAUUAUAAUAAUCAUUAUUUACCGUCUCCUCCUGGAGCUGUACGACUAUAGAGAAUAUCAGAGCUUCGUCAAAAUGCAGAAUCAGACGCAGUGGAAAGAGGCCCAGAAUCCUCUUUUCAAAGGUGCCACGACAACAGUGAUGAACCCUUUGCAUAUGCAAAACGAAGCAUAAAUUUAAAGACAGAGCAGAGUUCUGGGAGUUUGCUAUUGUAGUUUCAUGUUUCUUUUCACUUUUUUCUUUUAGACAUUUCACACUGUGCAGCUUGAAACUGUGUUCAAAAUGUAUAGUCUAGGCCAGUGGUUCUCAAACUGUGGUACAUGUUUCACAAGUGGUAUGCAGGCUUCCUUUUAGUGUUACAUAGAGGAAACGCUGUAUAAUUCAAGUAAAAAAUGUAACACACUUUUAACCCUUUGACGCGUACGAUAACAACGAUGUGAUCAGGAAAUUGAUUUUAAUAGGCUAAACAUUUUAUUUAUUUUCAUUUUUCUAAUGUUUGUUAUGUAUUCUAUCAUUUGAAGUUAUUUUCCUCCCUAUACUUGUAACGGUUGUUGGGGACGUAUCUCAUAUUUUUAUAUCCCAAUGUUGACAGGUAUAAGUUUCAUAACUUGCUUCUGGGACACAUAUAGCCAACUCUAACGAGCAGUAAGCAGAUCUAAUUUAAAUAUGUAAAUCCAAUUCAUAUAUUUAAAAUACAAGUUAACAUUCAGAUUUUUAAAGAUAAACAAAUAAGUCAUAUAUACAUGCAGUGUAUAUUUCAAAAUUUAUCAAACAGAGUUUUAUGAAUAUUAUGACAUACGGUACAGUAUAACCUAUAUUUAUGAGAUCCCCAGAAUACAUUUGCAGGUUUUGAUGAAUGGGCUGCUUUAUGAUACUUUACAUUUGAGCACAGCAGUUUUUUUUUACUUUUUAAAAACAGUGCCUUUAUUAAUUAACUUUUAAAAU